AGCUGUGUAACUUUCCCAAACUCUGGAGCUCAUGGAGACUCCAUGGUGCCAAAUGUGCCCAAUGUGCUCAUGGAGACUCCCUGUGAGCGGCUCCCACGAGCUGUGGUGGAACAGCUCCGGCGUGUUCAUCUCGCACAGCUGGACGAACUGUCCGAGCUUCGUACAAGGAUCCGGGGAUCCAGGGAGCUGCUGCGAAAAGAGCGAGAACUUCGACAGCAACUGGACUUGGCAAGAGACAAGGAGGCGGGUCUUGCGAAGCAAGCAGCCUCAUGCUUGGAUGACCUCAUGCAACGGCAUCAGGAGAUCAACCGACUUCGCUUGGAGAUGGCGGAGGUUGAGAAAGGCUGUAGCGAUGGCGAAGCACAUUUAUCGGUGUUGCGACGGAUCGCCGAGAAGCUCAGCGAUGCCUCAAAGGACGACUGCGACCAAAAGAAGGGGAAGGGGCAGUCCGAGGCUCCCGCAGUUGUGGAUCGUGAGCGUAGCGUGCUGGAAGAGCGGAAGAAGGAAAAGGAACAAUUUGAGGCUGAAAAGGUCAGAGUGGAGAGCCAAUUGCACGAGGCCAAGGCAACGGAGGAGAGCAGUGCCGUGCAAGUUCAAGCUUUGAAGGCUAAGGACUCAGACGCAAAGCAUGGUGGGGCAGCCGAAGCUGAGGUGGAUUCCAUGCCUCCCAAGGCUUCUGAACCAGCAGCUGCAGAAAAGACUCUUGAAGAAGCUGUGGCAGGUGAGGGGUUGGCAGACUCCCUCGUGCCAGAUCAAACUUUGGAGAAAGAUUUAGACGGGCCAGGGUCAAGCGAGGAGACAGCUGAAUUGAAGGAAGUGAGCGAAGGGAAGGCAGAAAAUCCGGCCGAAAAGAGAACAUCCGUGAAGGAGCCUGGAGAGGAACGUACUCUCAGUAGGAUUUCAGAGGGGAAGUCCGAAAACAAAGAAUCAGGGAGGGGCAGUGGCAGUAAGACAACAGAUGUGACUAGCGGCAUGCAGACAACCGACAAAGCUGAUACGAAAGCAGCGGAAGCAUCAGAAGAAACCAAGGAACGAGAAAUGGCCGCGACAAAGCUCCAGGCUGCUUGGCGAGGAAAGUUGGCAAGAAACCAGGUGGCCUUUAAACGCAGGAUGAAAGCAGCAGCAAGUCGAAUGUCAGCCAUUGAGGGUAUGGACGAUUUGUUGGCCGGAUUGUUGGAUGAAGAGGGUGAAGAAGAUGAGGCCCAAGAAGAGGCAGAAGAAGAGGAGGUGGAGGGGGUGGAAGAGGAGGGAGAAGAAGCUGGUGAGGAUGCAGUUGAAGAGCCUGAAGAUGCGUUGGAUGCCGCGCUAGACGGCCUGGUCCAGGAUAAGGUACCAAAGGUUGUUACUGAAGAGGGGAAGGUUCCGCCCAUAGCUGGAGAGCCAUUGGUACACGAGGCUGAUCCAGGACAGCAAGAGGAUCUUCCGCCAGACAAGGUGCAAACAGAGGCUGGACAUGGAGGUCAGGAUCAUGCAGAGCCCGAGGCGGACGCUCCAGCUGAAGAGAAGAAAAAGAGAAGGAGAAAGAAGAAAAUACCAGAGGACUCAGAUGCAAAGCAUGGUGGGGCAGCCGAAGCUGAGGUGGAUUCUAUGCCUCCCAAGGCUUCUGAACCAGCAGCUGCAGAAAAGACUCUUGAAGAAGCUGUGGCAGGUGAGGGGUUGGCAGGCUCCCUCGUGCCAAAUCAAACUUUGGAGAAAGAUUUAGACGGGCCAGGGUCAAGCGAGGAGACAGCUGAAUUGAAGGAAGUGAGCGAAGGGAAGGCAGAAAAUCCGGCCGAAAAGAGAACAUCCGUGAAGGAGCCUGGAGAGGAACGUACUCUCAGUAGGAUUUCAGAGGGGAAGUCCGAAAACAAAGAAUCAGGGAGGGGCAGUGGCAGUAAGACAACAGAUGUGACUAGCGGCAUGCAGACAGCGGAUAAAGCAGAAGCUCAAAGUGAGGGACAAGAAGCUGCCGCAACUGAGCAGAAGGCUGUUGGGGAUGAACGAGUCUCAAAGGGCUCGAUGUCAUCAGGGAGACCAAAGGAGGCAGAGAUUGGCAAGGAGAUGGAUGGAGAGCUCAAAUCGGGCAGCCGUGCAGGGAAGGAGGAGGAAGAUCCGGCACAACUGGAAGAAGCUCAAGGAGAAGACGAGGAGGAGCCAGAGGAGCCAGAGGAAGUGGAUGUUUUUGAGUGCAAGGCUGGAACAGACAUCAAGGAGCUGGGAUUGAUGCCUUCUGCUUUUGCUCCGGAUCCGGUUGAAAUUGCCUCGGUGACUCCAGACUCGUGGGCCGCGAAGUCGGGAAUUGAAGCUGGCGACGUGUUGAUUAAGAUCAAUGGGACUGCAGUAGAAGCCAUGGACCGAAAGGAGAUGAAGCGUGCAAUGCGGGACCGCCCAUUGUCUCUGACCAUCUCAAGGCAGGCUUUCGCGACGCCCGCGGAGUCUAUAGAUGACAUGGAGACGAUUGAAUGCACGGCUCCUGAAGGUGUUCAAGACUUGGGAUUGUAUCCCUCGGCGUUUCCUCCAGAAGCCAUGAUUGUUGCAAAUGUGACGCCGGGCUCAUGGGCUGAAAAGCAGGGAAUCGAAGCUGGGGAUGAGCUGGUUGAAAUUGGUCACCAGCAGGUGCAAGACAUGACAACUAAGGAGACCAAGCGUGCUAUGCGCGAUCGUCCGCUGCAUUUGGUCUUUCAACGAGUCCAGGAUCCACCGGCCUCAGCUCCUGCCUCAUCUGCUCCCACUUCCGAACGAAAAUCUCAGAAGCCAGCCCCAGACAUGACACAAGCGACGAACGAAGCUCGGAAGUCUGCAGCAAUUCUGCCCGAAGGAUUCAACCCUGCAUCCGACAGGAAGAAAAGUGCAUCAUCCAGAACAUCAAAGCCAAAUAUCCAAGAGGAGGUAGCGGUGCAGGAGGACGGGGAUGGUUGGGACGACGACGACGACGAUGACGACUGGCAACAGCCUAAGCCAGCCGACAAAAAGACAAGCAGUUCCAAGGACAACAAGGCAACAAAGGAAAAGAAGUCUGAAGCCAAAGGUGAUAAGAAAGAUGUUAAGACUGGGAAGGGUGAGAAAAGCAAGCCAAGCGAGAAAGCCAAAGAGAAGGAGAAAGACAAGAGCAAAGAAAAGGAGAAGAUGGAGAAGCCAAAAGAGAAAGGAAAGGAUGCAAAGGAUACCAAAGACAAAGAGAGCAAAGAGAAGGAGAAGACAAAAGAGGAGCCACCGCCACUCAUUGCCUUUGCCAGUGAGAUGGACACCCGCUUGGGCUUCAAGGUGGACUGGCCACCAAGCCCAUGCUACGUGACAAAGGUGGAAGGCGGUAGUUGGGCCGAGAUGAUGCAGGUCAAGGUUGACCUUCGCUUGGACAAGGCUGGUGGCAAAGAUGUUGCCAAGAUGAGCAAGGAAAAGCUAAAGAAGCUACUGGAUGAAACAAGGCCGCUGCAGCUAGCCUUCGUCAAGGACAAGAAGAAGAAGAAACCGCCAAAGCCUGAGCAGAAUGACAGUGUGCUGGGCGGCAUGUUUGGCUGAUCCUUUGCCUCAAUAGGUGCUUAGCUUCAAGUGUACAUAGCCCACGGUCCUCGGAUAUCCUCGAACUUUUU